AUGAAGACAACCGAAGUCCCCUCUGGCGCCGCCACCGCCACUAUAAAUGCACAGCUUCGAUCGCUCGAAGCUCGUAUCGACGAACUUAGCAACGAGAUCAAGGCUCUGGAGGCAAAGAUUGAAGCCCAGGAGAAAUCACAAGCCAAGGAAGCCGAGAAGAACGCUGCCAAGCUGAAAGACCUUGAAACCCAAAUUGAGAACCCCAAGAACGAGGAAGACAACACCGAUACCAAAUUCACCAGGUGGAAUGAUCCCCUACUCGAAGGGCUUCGCACCUUCGAUGAGUACCGCGAGGGAGGUGAAAUAGACAAGAGACUCAAUGGACCGGACUUUCUCGAAACACUACCGCCCUGCGGGAACCUUCUAAAGGAUCUGCUUGGACUGCCAUAG